AUGGCUCGCCGCGGGGAUACGCGCUCACCAUCACCUGUAGGCAGCACAUACUCCUCAUCCAAACGAAGUCGCAGAGAUGAUGAUCGGUACGAGAGAGAUGGACGCGACGAGGGAAGGACACACCGCCGAUCACGCAGCCCCGAUAGGCGCUAUCGAGACCGCGACCGUGAUAGCUAUAGACGACGGGAUCGCAAUGGGUAUCGCGACGACCACAAUUACAGACCAUUGAAGCGAGAUCGCUCGCGCGACCGUGACCGUGACCGACGUUCUGAUCGGGACUAUCGGCGGAGGAGCAGGGAUCGAGACAAGAGUCGUGAUAGGGACAAUCGGAAUAGGCGAGAUGACUCCCGCGACCGAGUCCGAAGGCACAGAGACGACUCUACUGACUCGAGGAGAAGAUUCAGAAGGGAAAGCAGAGACAGGUCGAUGAAUAGAGACUCUGCUGCCGGAUCGCGAGAGGCGUCCAAAGCGCCGACUCCAGCCCCCGCAGCUCAGACGGAUGAAGAGAAGAAAGCUGAGCGACUCGCAAAGCUGGAAGCGUGGAAGCAAAAACAAGCAGCUGAGCGCGAACGUAAACAACGAGAGCUCGCUGCUGCAGGCGGCCCCCGCAGUAUCUUAAACGAAAUCGACAAGAAGUCGGGUCUUGCUCCAGCUUCGCCCGCCCCUCUUUCUCCUAGUACACCAUCCUCGAUAAGUACUCCAGCUGAAUAUGGCGGAAAAUUCGACCCAAAGGUGAUUGCGAAGAAAGCUACUGGUGUUGCUUCAGGGUCAUCUCUUUUGGGCAAGGACGUUAUUGUUCCUGAUUCUGCUAAGGCUGACGGCAUAACCAAGGCUAACAGACUCUCAGUUGCUCCAAGCAAGGCGUCUGCUCCUUUGAAAGCCAGCGGUAACGUUGGGAAAUUUGGGUUUGGUAACAGAACCGCUACGGAUACUGAAAAGCCCUCUGCGAAACGUACUUUGGACUUUGGCGAAGAGGAAUCGAAACGUAAAAAGCUCGAGAAAUUACCUAGCCCUCCGCCCGAGGAUACAAAGGACGCCACCGGAGAUGCCGCCGCGGAAGACGAUGAUUCCGACGUUGACAUGGAAAACGGGACAGAAGAGGAGAACGCAGCCGCAGCACGAGCGGCUGCAGAGAAGAGAGAAGGGCGCCUACAAGGCCAGCAACCUACUUCAGAGAUGGAGUCCAAUGGCGAUGUAGCAAUGGCUGAUGCAUCUAAUGCUAAUGUCGAAGCUGCCGAACAUCCCGAAGAAGAGGAAAUUGAUCCUCUAGAUGCCUUUAUGUCCGGUUUAGCAGAGAAAAAUUCAUUUAAGAAACCAAGUAUGACCAAGUCGGCUAAAAGCAAGCUGCAGCAGCCAGAGGCUAUAUUCGGCGACGAAGAUGAUAUCGAUAUGUCAGCUGUCGCUCACGGUGACACGGAUGACUUCCUUGCUAUAGCCAACAAGGCUAAGAAGAAAAAGGAUAUUCCUACAGUUGACCAUACGAAGACGGAGUAUGAGCCAUUCCGUAAAAGUUUCUAUACCGAACCUCUCGAUUUGGCUCAGAUGACAGAAGAGGAUGUAGCCAGUCUUCGACUCGAACUGGACGGCAUCAAAGUCCGUGGAAUUGAUCCUCCAAAGCCGAUCCUCAAGUGGUCCCAAUGUGGGCUCGGUGUGCAAACACUAGACGUCAUCAGUAAGCUUGGUUACGAGAAUCCAACUUCCAUUCAGAGCCAGGCCCUUCCAGCUAUCAUGUCCGGAAGGGAUGUAAUUGGUGUUGCUAAAACAGGAUCCGGGAAAACAAUCUCUUUUCUUCUACCUAUGUUUCGUCAUAUCAAAGAUCAACACCCAUUAGAGAACAUGGAGGGCCCGAUCGGACUUAUCAUGACGCCGACGCGAGAACUGGCAACGCAAAUUCACAAAGAUUGCAAGCCUUUCUUGAAAGCACUAAAUCUCCGUGCCGUAUGUGCCUACGGUGGUGCACCAAUCAAAGACCAGAUUGCGGAGCUAAAACGAGGUGCCGAAAUCGUGGUGUGCACGCCUGGUCGAAUGAUUGAUCUUUUGGCCGCGAAUGCUGGCCGCGUCACAAAUUUACGACGAGUAACCUACGUUGUUUUGGAUGAGGCCGAUCGAAUGUUCGAUAUGGGGUUUGAGCCGCAAGUCAUGAAGAUCAUGGCGAAUAUCCGGCCCAACAAACAAACAGUACUAUUCUCAGCUACCUUCCCACGUAACAUGGAAGCACUUGCACGGAAAACAUUGAACAAGCCAGUGGAGAUCAUUGUCGGCGGCAGGAGUGUGGUUGCGCCUGAAAUCACACAGAUAGUCGAGGUUCGAAAUGAGAAUACUAAAUUUUUGCGCCUUCUAGAAUUGCUUGGCAAUCUUUAUUCUGACGAAGCAAACGAAGAUGCCCGGACGCUAAUCUUCGUUGACCGCCAGGAAGCCGCCGACAGUUUACUCCGUGAGUUGAUGCGUAAAGGCUAUCCUUGCAUGUCAAUUCAUGGUGGCAAAGAUCAAAUCGAUCGCGACUCUACCAUUGCGGACUUCAAGGCGGGUAUAUUCCCAGUUUUGAUUGCGACAUCUGUUGCUGCUCGUGGCUUGGAUGUAAAACAGUUGAAGUUGGUUGUGAAUUACGACGCACCGAAUCACUUGGAAGAUUACGUUCACCGAGCCGGACGAACAGGACGUGCUGGAAAUACUGGAACUGCUGUUACGUUCCUAACCGAGGAUCAAGAGAGAUAUUCGGUCGAUAUUGCCAAGGCACUGAAACAGAGUGGCCAAGCGGUCCCAGAACCUGUCCAGAAAUUAGUUGAUUCCUUCCUUGAGAAAGUCAAGGCCGGUAAAGAAAAAGCCUCGGCAUCUGGAUUUGGAGGCAAGGGACUGGAACGCUUAGAUCAGGAAAGAGACGCAGCCAGAAACCGUGAGCGUAAGACAUACCGUACCGGUGAAGAUGGUGAAGAGGAAGAGCGCGAAGACACGAAAGAGAAGAAGGGCGAAGAAAUAUUUGCCAAGGCUGCAUCUGCUAUUCAGUCUGCGUCUGCGCCUACACCAGGUAUACCUAAAGGAAUUGACUUGGACGGCAAGAUCACAGUCCACAAAACAGAAAAACCAGCUGGCGGUAAAGCUUCUAAUGAUCCCCUGGACAAGGUUGGCUCGGCUGUGGCAGACAUUAAUGCACGAUUGAGUCGCGCUGGAGUGAUGAGAAGUGGCGUCCCGAUUGAUAACAAGGGCCCUGAUGCCGGAGCAUUUCAUGCAACUCUGGAGAUCAACGACUUUCCUCAAAAAGCACGUUGGGCUGUCACCAACCGUACCAACGUUGCCAAAAUCCUCGAGGCGACAGGCACGUCGAUCACAACUAAAGGCAAUUAUUAUCCAUCUGGCAAGGAACCUGGGCCGGGCGAUACACCCAAGUUGUACAUCCUUGUCGAGGGUGAUACAGAACUGGUUGUUACGAAUGCUAUGCGAGAAUUGAUGCGGCUGUUGAAAGAAGCUACAAUUGCGGCGGCGGAUAGUGAAGCUAGGGCGCCAACUAGUGGCCGAUAUAAUGUUGUAUGAAAGCCUGAAAGCCUUGAAAGGGGGAUUAAUUCUUUUUUUCCGCUGGCCUCUUCUGUAUUUCUAUAUCAUAUAAUGUGAUUUCAGCGCUCAAUCGUUCAUUAGCGGUUGGAUGACCAAUUAGACGAAAUUCUCAUCCAUAACAGAUGUUCGUUAAUAAAAUCGAAGCAGAGAAUCCGAGACAAAUGUGAUAGUUGGUCACAUUUAACAUCAAUGUAAAUUUUUGCGUGCCCCCUUAAAUACAACAGGGGGUGGGUAUAUUCUAUACAGCUUCAUAAAACGGAAAAUACCUAGGUAACCUCGUAUGUAACCUCGUAUAGUCUUGACAUCAAAUCAAUCAAACUAUGAAGACAUUGUUGAAAUUUUGCCCUCUCUCAAUUGACCGUGCCUAUCAUUGUCGGCACUGCCAAGACUGGAGACAUGGAAUGAUUGGUAUUGUCGAGCUUGUGAGUUGUUUUGAGAUGGCGUUUGAGUUGAUCUAGA